UAAACUGUUUCAAUAUGGGUCAAAAGUUCGUUGUUACUCAAUGAGAUCAUACUUGUUGAAUAUUGAUACUAAUAAUAGUUUUAACAGAGUACACUUAUCAAUUUGUUAACGUUAUUUUUUGUUACCGUUUUCAUUUCUGUUUACUCGCUUUAAAUAAGAAGACAAUGUUUUUAAAACUAGCUAAGCUUAUAUUUUUUAUAAGUAGUAUUGUGAAUUGUGUGUGUCUUAAAUUUUCAUCACUAGAUACAGUUUAUAAAAAAGCGGUAGAUGCGUAUUCAAAAGAAAGAUGGUCUGAGUGCAUAUUACAAUUUGAAGGAUCAUUACACUUAUACAAAAUUUAUAAAACGAUAAAUAUUAACUGUAGGUUGAAAUGCAAAUCUCAAAACCAUGACACUCAAUUUAGUGGAAACAUAGACGAUCUUAAGAUAUUUGAAUAUUUCCUUACUCUCAAAGAUUGUCUAUCUCAGUGCCAAAAAGAAGAAUUUGAAAAUGUUCAUAUGUUCAGUAACGUUUCUGAUGCAAUACUAGCCAACAUGCAAUCAAAAAAACCAUAUAAAUAUUUACAUUUAUGUUACUUUGAAAUGAAUGCCUUACCUAAAGCAGCUUCAGCUGCAUACACUUAUCUUGUUGCAAAUUCUGAUGACAUAGCAAUGAAAAGAAAUGUGGAGUACUAUAUACAGCAACCUGAAGUUGAUGUUAAAGAAGUAAUUGACCUAGAAAGUGAAGACUAUCAAAUCUUGUAUAAAUUAGGCAUACAAGCUUAUAAAGUUAAUAACUGGGGUAAUACAAUAGCCAACAUGGAGGAAACUUUAACAGAUUUUCUAGCAUGGGAGAAUUCAUGUCGUGCAGAAUGUGAACAUCAAUCAGAGCAAGAAUUAUCUCCUGAAUUUAUUAUUACUGUUGCAAACAAUAUAUUACCUCUUCUUAUAUGCAGACAAAAGUGUCAGGAGACUUUAAAACCUUUAUAUGAUUCUGGCGCUGAGUUAUUAGCUGAUGUUUUGAAUUAUUUGCAAAUAUCUUAUUAUCACUCAGACAGAUUCGAUGAUGCUGCCAAAGCGGUGUCUAGUUAUUUAUCAAUAUUUCCUACUGAUGAAGAUAUGUUGGAAAAUAAACGGAUGUACCAAACACUUGUUCAGGCAAAAAGUUUUGUAGAAAGAACAGACAUUGUUCAUUACUUGAAGCGGGAUAAAUAUGAGAAACAUCUGCUAAAAUUUUUUCUCAAACAGGAUAAUAGUGAUCUUAAUGCCAAUUGAAUAUAGACAAUAGUUUAUUAUAGUUUUUUACUAUUCUACUAGACUAAUUAUGUAUAGAUGAUUUAUGGUUAAAAUUUACUGAAACAAUAUAAUUUUCAGUGUUUGUAUUAAAAUGUUGGACUUUAUUAAAAAAUACAUACAAAUACUAUAAUU